UCCUCUGAGCGAUUCCGUCUCCAGGCACGAUGGACUGUCAGUUGGUGAUGCAGGCGAAAUAAUGAUGCUGAAUUAUUCGCACUUGAACAGCUCCCCGAAAGUGGACGGCAGCGUGGCGGUAUAUGACACUGAGGGAAAUUUUGUUCGCCGUAUUGGACAACGUAUAUUGGAGAACCCAUCGGAUAUCACUAUUUCUAAUGAUGGCCUUAUUUUUGUAUCGACCGAUUCCUGUGUUCACAUAUUCGGUGAUCAAGGCGACCACCUGAACAAGUUUAAACUGCAGAGUAAUGGCUGUGAUUACUUAAGGAUUAGGUUUCACCCAGGAGGUGAACAUGUCGUCAUCGCUGGUCGUGAAAGGGGGAAGGAUCUCUUGCGUGUAGAAAUAUACACUAAAGAUGGUGAGUUUGUUCGCAGUGCACAAAUCCAAAUUGAUGGGAUUCGUGAAGUACGAGGGAUUACAGUGACUAACCAGGGACGCAUUGCUGUUGUAACUGGAAUCUGGAAAGAGCAAUGUUUAAAUUUUGGGGCAGGCUGCCAACUACAAGAAUAUGUGCCACCCUCUUUAAGCUGAUUGUUAUGAUUCAAUACCAGAGAAGAACACCAAGACAGAGAUACAAAUGUAACAAUGACAAGUUUAUUACAAUUACUGCUGUUAAGAAGCCUUGUUAACAUCUCAAGCAGUAGCUAUUUAAUGCACACACACAUAUUUUUACAAAUUUUAACAUUCAAAACAUUUUCAACAUCUUAACAAGAACUGACUUCCCAUAAGCUGUAAGAUUUCUUUCAAUACAUGAAUAUUACUCAUGAUCAGGGCUGUUUUUUAGGCAUUGUGUUUGUAGCCAUCAUUCCAAUGACUCCCAAUGUCACAAAGAAUCCAACCGCACAUCCAUAAACCAUAACCCUGCAGGGAAAGAAUUGUUGCUUUCUUGGUGAAC